CUGUCAUGGCGUCCUCUGAAGGAAGAUGCUAUGCAGAUUUUAUGUGCAGAUAAUCCAACAUCGCAAAGACUUGAAAUCGAAAACUGAAUAUGGAACGAGCCAUACUUCAAGGGCCGUUAUGUGUACCUCUCGCCUACGACCCUUCAUUCAAAGUGGAGGUCCGACUUCAUGAGCCACUCUGGAAAGUUCAGUUUUCUCCAGACGAUGUUGCUAUUGAAGUUCUGACCUUGUGUUCCCAACUGGAGCCACUUUGCAAGAAGGAGUACGCUACAACGAUGGGAAAGAUCGAUGCAAGUCAUAAAGUGGAAUAUCAAAACAAAUUUGAACCAAAAGCACAAGUACUCUUUGAGAAAAUGCGAGAAAUUAUCCAAUUUCUUCCAGAUCCUAGACCAUCAUUAAAAGAUUAUUUGCGGCAGACUGGAUUGUCUCUACUGUUUCCAAAAGUCACUUCAUAUUUAAAAAAUCCUGAGAGGCCAGCAUUUCAAACCCAGAAAUCUUCCAUGGAUGGAUAUUUUCCACACCUUGGGAUGUUGAACCAGCUUAUAACACUGAGCCAUCAGCUCAACAGUGAUGCAUUCAACCUCACAAACCACAAAUACAUGGCACAUCAGACUGCACUGCUAUAUCAAUCUGUUAAUCAGGCUGGCACUCCAAUGAUGGAAUACAAAAAAAAUAUCGAGUCUAAUUUCAAAAGUUUAAAAGCUGGCCUGGUACCGAAAGACAAAGAUUCCAUUCCUAGGCUACCCCACGAACAAAAAGAAUGGAUUAACAAUGUCACAGCUAACAUUCUUGACGAUGUGCAGUCCUUGUCCCCAGGCCUUACCCAGCCCAUGAUAUCAGCCAUGACGUUUGUAGAGCAACAGAGGCAAUAGAUAAAUAGUUUGUAAUUUGGUUAGUUUAAAUUUAACUUUUAAUUUGGUCUUUUGGUGAAAAAUUUUUUAAAUAAGUACUCUGAUUAGAGGCACCUCAUUGAUAUACAUGAUAGCUUAAAGGUCUAUACUUAAAAUUGUUAUUAACUAACAUCACUUUUGCAUCAAAUCAGCAAUCAUAUAGCUAUCUACUAAGUUCAAAUUUUCAAACAUACUUAAUCCUCUCAAGGCUCAACACCAACAGUAGCCAAUUAGCCACAGACCAGUAGAAAUUCAGUUUUGGCUUAUGGUUUGUGAUUUCCACUAGCCAGUUUGGCUAGUAAACAUACUGAAAUUGUCGUAACAUCUAAGAUGUCACUAGCCACUUGGCUAGUAAGUUGAAAAGUAAGUGUUUGAGCCCUGCCUUUCUGCAGUCUUAUUCCUCUCUGCAGCAAUGAGCACAGCAAGUUUUUCAAGCUGUUUCUUGUUUGGGGAAGUCCAGUACAGCUGGCAUGAGAUAGCCAUUCCUCUUUGCAGGCCUUUUUGAUUGCCUGCAGAGCAGACAUCAUUUGUGCAAUUGAAUGCUCAGUAUCAUGUUAGUGAAAAAUGGCUGUCAUCUUUGACUUUAAUGGCAGAGGAAAGUUGAGGAGAGAAAGAAAUUUUUACCAAGGGGGUGAGUGACAGUCAAAAAUGAGGAGAGGGGCUGGGAUGCCAUUUGGAGAAACGAUCAGGGUCACUCUUAAGGCUAGCCUCAAAAGUGAUUUUUUUUUUUCAGUCUCUUUGCAGUGUGGUAUUCAUAGUCUGAUACCUUUUCUUCAGUGAUUGAUCAGCUGCUGGAAGUUUAAGUAAUCCCCUGUUUAUUUUCGCAUGGCCAGUUAUUUCUCUCGGAUAUGAUAUUGGUGCUCUUGCUUUUUGUGACAUAUUUUGUUGUUGUAAGCUUGAUUACUUUCGUCAGUGUAUAGUUAAAAGCAUACUUUUUGAGUUGUCUCAUUUAUGAUUUAUGUUGGAACUUGAAAAAGUGCUUUCUCAAAAAUGGUUCAUUGUUUGAAUGGAUCAAAGUCAGUGUCUGUUCAACUGUACACCUACCCCUUCUUUAACCAUUAACAGUCAAACAAUAAUGGGUCAGAGUUAAUGAUGGGUUAGUGGGGUGCGGGGGUAGGUGCACAAUUUUUCAGACACUGACAUUGAUGCAGUUAAACAUUUCUGCUGCAUUGUUAAUAUAUAAUAACUGAGAGUCUUUAUAAAGUAAUGGUCAUUAAAAAAAGAAUUAUCAAGUACAGAAUGCAGUUUUGCAGUGAUCAUGGAAUCUCCAGGUUUUUUUUUUGGCAAUCAUGAGGCCAUGACAGAUGAUGAUCUCCCAUUACAAACUCAUGUAAAACUAAGGUAGAACCUUGUGUUGCAUGUUGGGGUACAAAAUUUCUUAUAGAUUUGUUAGGUUUUGAUUAACAACCCCUAGGGGUAAUUAACAACCCCUGGGGUAAUUAACAACCCUUGGGGUAAUUAACCCUUUACCUCCUUACCAUCAGCAUCCAUGUUUUCCAUUCUCUUCUCCAUACACUUCCUUUGGUGCUGGUAAGGAGAAUUUGAUGAACUGACAAAGCUUUUUAUGUUGGUGAUCAUUUCCUUUAUUCUUAUAAUCGUAAUGAUUGAUUCAGCAUUGUUACUGUAAGAAGAAAUUAGGUUCUGAUCACUCUCAGGGUCUGAAGGGUUAGUUGGGUAAAGUUAUGCUACAUAAAGGUUUUCAAACUCAACCAUUUAGUGAUGUAAGAACUAAACAACCUCGUUCCCAGGGCUUUUCCCUUAGCUGGGGGUGGGGUGGGGUGGGUGCCCCACCCUGUCCCCACCCCCAACUAAGGAAAAAAGCCCUGGGAAUGAGGUUGAGAACCUAAGAUAUUUUAGGGGAAAAAUAUAAAGAGAUUUCUGCUAAAAGAAACCUUGUUAAUGCUACACUGUGGGCCAUCAGAGCAGGUGAAUGUCUGUCAUGUUUAUCAAAUGCUAUCACACUUUAACAGCCAGCUCAUAUGCUUUGACAAAACUACUUAAAAAAGAUAUCUUCACCUAAUUUCUUAUACACAUUAUUAAUAUAUUGAGUAUGGCGAUAAGUUUAGUAGGCAUCUAUUCUUUUUUCUUGAAGAUGUGUGUACAUUUAAGUGCAAGGUUGUAGAAAAUUUGGUAGAAAUGCACAGUCUUGAAUCACUUCUAAUUUAUUUAAUAUUUAAUGAGCAUCAGGUAAUUGCUUAGUUAGUAAAUCUAAAGAAAUCAAUAAAUGGUUGAUACCAGAUGGAGAAA